UGUCAUCAUUCAUGAUCAUAAAUUCAUAAUAAUCAAAAUAUCCCAAAGGACAGUAGUGAUCACAUAACGUACUUCUAUUGAUUGUAAAUUUAUGAAUAUUUACUUAUUAACCAAAUCGCAUAUAUGCAUAUAAAUAGAGUGUAUUGUAUCUGGACUUGAUCAACCAAAUUAAGAGAAAAUUAUCCAAAAUGAUACCAACGGCUCUCCUUUCAAAAAUAGGUAGCUACCAAAUUCAAUUUGGUGGAGUUACGGUGAAGGUGAACUUGAUAGACCACGCUGGUUUACUUGAUGAGAAGAUAGCCGAGUUUAGAAACUACAUAGGCACACAGAGACGUCUUGUGGGCAUUGACACCGGACCCAAAAUAACAGGUGCAUUAGCAUCGGACUGGUUACUGCUUUGUUCAGGGAGUCAAUGCCUGAUGAUUGAUUUGCGAAUAUUUUCUUAUGGCCAAACUCAAGGAAGCUUUCACAACUUUAUGGCUGACGAAUCUAUCUGCUUCGUGGGGUUAACGGGCUCUGGUAAAAAAAAUGCUACUAUACCACUAUAUACAGGAAUUACAUGCAAGACUGAGGUGGGUUUGGAGCAUUUGGCAGCUCGAGUGCUGAAGAAGUCCCAACUUUUGAAAUGUUUUGAAUUGGAAAAGUUGGGUGCUGAAGUUGGUUGUGAUGUUAAACCAAAUACGUCCCUUGUUCUGAGCCAAGAUGUUAUUGCAUAUUCUAACCAGGAGAUGAAACAAGCUAUCUAUGGUGUUUAUCAUUAUUUCCUGAUCGGUCACAAGCUCUUGGGUUUGCUUUAGCUACAUACAGAAGCUCUUGGGUUGUCUUUUGUGUCUUUUUUUGGGUUUUAGUUAAGUAUCGUUUUGGUUGUGUUUUUGUGGUUGAAAGUUUCUAUAUUAAGAUUAUGUUGAUGGAACCUAUUUUGAGUAUAAUUGGUUUUAUUUUUAGAAAUCUUAUAUUAUUGCGUUGAUAUUGUCUCAAUCAAAUUGUCAAAUUACACAAAGUCCAAUGUUAGUUCCUAUUAGCAGAAAGGUGAAUCAAUUUCAUAGAGCUUUAACAACUUCAUGGCUAAACAAACUAUCUGCUUCUUGGGUUUGGGGCCUCCUACUAUGGUGAGUUUUGAAUAUUUGGGGUGCUCCAGUCGAGUGCUAAAGAAGCCCCAGAUUUUGUAAUGUUUGGAUUUCUCAAAGGUGGCUUCUGAAGUUGGUUAAGACUUCAAAAAUCCAAUUCAUUGUUUCAAUUGAGAUGGGAUUAAAGAGUGUUUCAUAGGGAGGAUAUGAAAGUUCAAUAUUUCGUGUUUGGGAAUGGAACAAACUAUUGACUGUUGAGUAAUGAGUAUGAUUGAGUAUAUAAAGCUAUAAAUAGGUUGCUGUCGUUUUGUGUCUAUUUUCACUAAGUAGUUUUGGUUUUGUUGGGGUUGAGUUAUGUGUCGUUUUGGUUGUUUUGUGAUUGGUUAUGUUGAAUUUCCAAAUCUCCUAUGUAUUCUUUUACUUGAGAUUUCGUCAAUGUAACCUAUUUUAAGUAUUA